GCUCAUCUUCUUUUAUUCUCCUCAGCUCUCUCGCUUCAACUCGGCACUCUCCGCGGCGUCGCAACCAGAACAAUGGCGGUUCCAUUGCUUGACAAGAAGAUUGUGAAGAAGCGGGUCAAGAAGUUUAAGAGGCCGCAGAGUGACCGCUACAUCUCUGUUAAGGAAAACUGGCGCAGGCCGAAGGGUAUUGAUUCUCGUGUUAGGAGAAAGUUCAAAGGAUGCACUUUGAUGCCAAAUAUUGGUUAUGGCUCAGACAAGAAGACCCGCCAUUAUCUUCCAAAUGGUUUCAAGAAGUUCGUUGUGCAUAAUGUGCAAGAGUUGGAACUGUUGAUGAUGCACAACAGGACUUACUGUGCCGAGAUUGCACACAACGUUUCAACCAAGAAAAGAAAAGAGAUUGUUGAGCGCGCAUCUCAGCUGGAUGUUGUUGUCACCAACAAAUUGGCCAGGUUGCGCAGCCAGGAAGACGAGUAGGGUUGAUUUUGCUGUAGCGAUUUGAACAACAAACUAUGUCAGGAAGUUUUGCUCCUAUUUUCUAGUGUUUUGUUGGACCUCUUGAUUGGCUUUACUUACUAUUAUGACUAGUUUGGUUUCAUUUCACAUUCACUAUCUCUAUAUAUUUGGAAUGAACUUUGCAUUUUGAUUGAUCCAAAGUGAGUAUAGAGUGGCUUCA